AUGGCUGGGAUUCUCACUAAGUUUGGUAAACGCCAAAAUGAUUGUUUAGUGUCUUUCUUGGUCAUAGGACCAGCAGAAUUAUGCAACAAGGUAUCUGAAGGAUUACAUCAAAGCGCAAAAGAAAAACAAUGGAACGUUAUGGUGCAUCAGUGUGAAUGUGUUAUUGAAAUUGUAAAAUUAAAUUUCAAUCUCAUAGUAGAUUUUAUUGUUUUUGUCUUUGAUUGGAGAUCCCAGUCUUUAGCCGAAGUAGAAAAAAACAUAAGUUUCAUAGAUGAACACUAUAUAAUAUCUGGUACUGUGUGCUUAGUAAACUGCAAGGAUAUCUCAAAUAGUAUGGGACUGAUUUCCCAUAAAUCAGCAAAGAUACGAGACAAAUAUAAUAUUAAAUUUUUAUCUGCUAACAUUUCUAAACCACAAAGUUGUGUUCAAUUAGGUAACAGAAUAUUGAACUUAGCAGAAGCUGUAUUAGGUGUCGUUAGUGGAUUUCCUGUUGUUGGACUUUCUAUUUAA